ACAGAGAUCGACAUGUAGCGAGCAAAUACGGUUAAUUCAAUUCUCUCAUUUCAUACAAAAAUUUGCGGUGAAGAAAAUAGUAACCCUAGCGAUUUCAAUUCAAUUCUCAUUUCAUACUAACAAUCGAGAUCAAUCAAACCUAGCGAAUCGAAGAUGCCGAAGAAGAUGGGUGUGAACAGCAAGGCGGAGGUCGCCAAGUCCCGGAAGAACGCCGCCGAGGCUGAGCAGAAGGAUCGCCAGACUCGGGAGAAAGAGGAACAAUACUGGCGCGAGGCGGAGGGUCCUAAGUCUAAGGCGGCGAAGAAGCGGGAGGAGGAGGCGGAGAAGAAGGCUGAGGCCGCCGCAAAGAAAGCGGAGGCCAAGCGUCUGGCUGAGCAGGAGGAGAAAGAGCUGGAGAAGACUCUGAAAAAGCCGGAUAAGAAGGCAAACCGUGUCAGUGUUCCGGUCCCUAAGGUCACAGAGGCUGAGCUCAUCCGGAGGCGUGAGGAGGAGCAAUUGGCGCUGGCCAAGAAAGCAGAAGACUCUAAGAAGAAACAGACUCGCAUGGCAGGAGAAGAUGAGUACGAGAAGAUGGUACUGGUGACCAAUACCAAUCGCGAUGAUUCUCUCAUCGAGGCCCAUACCGUUGACGAGGCGCUUGCACGGAUUACGGUUUCAGAUAACCUUCCUGUUGAUCGACAUCCGGAAAAAAGGCUCAAGGCUUCGUUUAAGGCCUUUGAAGAAGCUGAACUUCCAAGGCUGAAGGCGGAUAAACCAGGUCUUACUCACACUCAGUACAAGGACUUGAUAUGGAAGAUGUGGAAAAAAUCGCCAGAUAAUCCUCUUAACCAGGCUGCUGCUGCUGCUUCUGAGUGAAAUGCAACUUUGAACGGAACAAGGGAAUGUAUCAUGAAGAGGGAGAUGCAUGACAGAGAAUAUAAUGAAGAUCUUUUGUUUCCCAGAGACAAUGUUGAGUGAGAGAGACUAUGUAUAACAUACUUUGGGCAUGAUUCUGCUCGCCAAUGUUGCUUAUUGUUUUUUGUGCUUUGUGUAUAAACAAACACAUGAUAGUAGAACAGAUCGAUUAAAUAAGGAUAUCCAUGAGCUUUUAUAAUAACAAUCACA